AGACGACUCUUUUCCGCCUCCGUAGCUUCAGAAGAAAAACAGCUUUGAAAAUGGCGGACCUGCGAAAACCCUAGAUUUUGCGAUUUCGAGGGGUUUGCAGAAAAUCUACGGGUUUUUUUUAGGUAGGGUCUUCUUCGAGACAGAUGGAGAUUCUCAACAAGCUCCGGAAUCUCGACGCAUAUCCAAAGGUCAAUGAGGAUUUUUACAGUAGAACCCUUUCUGGCGGCCUCAUCACGAUCGUCUCCUCCGUUAUCAUGCUCUUCCUCUUCUUAUCCGAAUUCCGACUGUAUCUUUAUGCAGCUACAGAGACUAAGCUGACAGUAGAUACUUCAAGAGGAGAAACUCUUCGUAUCAAUUUUGACGUGACUUUUCCACACCUUGCGUGUUCACUUCUUAGUGUCGAUGCUAUGGAUAUCAGCGGGGAGCAGCACUAUGAUAUUAGGCAUGAUAUAAUAAAGAAACGAAUAGACAAUCAUGGCAAUGUAAUCGAGUCAAGAACAGACGGAAUUGGUGCACCAAAGAUUGAAAGGCCUUUACAGAGGCAUGGUGGAAGGCUGGAUCACAAUGAAACAUACUGUGGUUCGUGUUAUGGUGCAGAAAUGUUAGAUGAUGAUUGCUGUAACUCAUGUGAAGAAGUCCGCGAAGCUUACCGAAAGAAAGGAUGGGGGCUGACAAAUGUUGAUUUGAUUGACCAGUGCAAGAGAGAGGGCUUUGUUCAAAAGAUUAAAGAGGAAGAAGGUGAAGGAUGCAACAUACAUGGAAUCUUGGAAGUCAAUAAAGUGGCUGGAAAUUUUCAUUUUUCUCCCGGAAAAGGCUUUCAUCAAUCAAACAUCUUUUUGCAAGAUUUACUGGCACUUCAAGCAGAGAGUUACAAUAUAAGCCACAAAAUAAACAAGAUAUCCUUUGGAGAAGAGUUUCCAGGUGUUGUCAAUCCACUUGAUGGUGUGCAGUGGACGCAACAAGCAUUGUCUGGAACGUAUCAAUACUUCAUUAAGGUAGUCCCUACGAUCUACACUGACAUUAGAGGGCGCAAGAUCCAAUCAAACCAGUUCUCUGUGACCGAGCACUUUAGAGGUGCAGAUGGUUAUCCUCAGACACUUCCUGGAGUCUUCUUCAUUUAUGAUUUCUCACCAAUCAAGGUGAUGUUCACUGAGGGAAAUGUUUCGCUCUUACAUUUCUUGACAAAUAUUUGUGCUAUAGUUGGAGGUGUAUUCACUGUUUCCGGAAUUGUCGAUGCAUUUGUGUAUCAUGGUCAGCGGGCAAUCAAGAAGAAGAUGGAGAUUGGGAAAUACAGGUGAGUGUUGUUGGAGGAGAGGCCCAAAUGCGAGGGGCCAUUCUCAUGUUUGGGGUUUGACAGAGUCGUCGAGAAGAAACUGCAGUCCAGGAGGGGAAGGCAGAGAUUGCCAUCGAUGAUGAGGUUGGUGAAAUUACACCCUUUGUGAAACCCCAGGGGAUGGUGAAUUUGAGAUAGGUAGCUAGAACCAUUUUUAUCUUUGAUCAAAUCCGUUGGUCUUUUUUCCUCCUUUGUAUAUGAUUUGUAUGGUUGAUAUUUAUGGUGCUUAUGAGCAAGUGCAAAAGGGAGGCUACCACGGUUUUUCA